UUUUGCCUUUGGUCCACCGGGCUGUUCUCACGUGAGCAGUUUUAAGGUGGGAGAGAACUGGAGGCAGGAACUGCGGUUGAUUUACCAGUGUUUCGUGUGGUGUGGAACCCCAGAGACCAGGAAAAACAAGGCAAAGUCUUGCAUCUGCCAUGUGUGUGGCACCCAUCUGAACAGACUCCACUCUUGCCUUUCCUGUGUCUUCUUUGGCUGUUUCACCGAGAAACACAUUCAUGAGCACGCUGAGACGAAACAACACAACUUAGCCGUAGACCUGUACUAUGGAGGUAUAUACUGCUUUAUGUGUAAGGACUAUAUUUAUGACAAAGACAUUGAGCAAAUUGCCAAAGAAGAGCGAGGAGAAGCUUUGAAAUUACAAGCCUCCACUUCAACAGAGAUUUCUCACCAGCAGUGUUCAAAACCGGGCCCCGGUGAGAAAUUCCUGACCUGGGAAACGACCAAACCGGAGUUGGAACUGCUGGGACACAACCCACGGAGAAGAAGGAUCGCCUCAAGCUUUACCAUAGGUUUAAGAGGACUUAUCAAUCUUGGCAACACGUGCUUUAUGAACUGCAUUGUCCAGGCACUCACCCAUACUCCAAUCCUGAGAGAUUUCUUCCUCUCUGACAGGCACAGGUGUGAAAUGCCCAGCCCCGAGUUGUGUCUGGUCUGUGAGAUGUCUUCACUUUUUCGAGAAUUGUAUUCUGGAAACCCGUCUCCUCAUGUUCCUUAUAAAUUGCUGCAUUUGGUUUGGAUACAUGCACGCCACUUAGCAGGGUACAGGCAACAGGAUGCCCAUGAGUUCCUCAUUGCAGCCUUAGACGUGCUGCACAGGCAUUGCAAAGGGGAUGAUGUUGGGAAGGCAGCCAAUAAUCCCAACCACUGUAACUGCAUCAUAGACCAAAUCUUCACAGGUGGCCUGCAGUCUGAUGUCACUUGUCAAGCCUGCCAUGGUGUCUCUACCACAAUAGAUCCAUGCUGGGACAUCAGUUUGGACUUGCCUGGUUCUUGCACCUCUUUCUGGCCCAUGAGUCCAGGGAGGGAGAGCAGUGUGAAUGGGGAAAGCCACAUACCAGGAAUCACCACGCUCAUGGACUGCCUGCGAAGGUUUACAAGACCAGAACAUUUGGGAAGCAGUGCCAAAAUCAAGUGUGGUAGUUGCCAAAGUUACCAGGAAUCUACCAAACAGCUCACAAUGAAUAAAUUACCUGUUGUUGCCUGUUUUCAUUUCAAGCGGUUUGAACAUUCAGCCAAACAGAGGCGCAAGAUCACUACAUACAUUUCUUUCCCUCUGGAGCUGGAUAUGACACCAUUUAUGGCCUCAAGUAAAGAGAACAGAAUUAAUGGACAGUUGCAGCUGCCAACCAAUAGUGGAAACAAUGAGAAUAAGUAUUCCUUGUUUGCCGUGGUUAACCACCAAGGAACCUUGGAGAGUGGCCACUAUACCAGCUUCAUCCGGCACCAAAAGGACCAGUGGUUCAAAUGUGAUGAUGCCGUUAUCACCAAGGCCAGUAUUAAGGAUGUGCUUGACAGUGAAGGGUAUUUACUUUUCUAUCACAAACAAGUCCUGGACCACGAGUCAGAAAAAGUGAAAGAGAUGAAUACGCAAGCCUACUGAAGUGACACACAGAUUUUACCUGUAAUGGAAGACAACAGCACCGGUAGUACAACUGGCAUCGAGAUUUAAAGGACCUAUUUGACCAUGGCCUGUGGGCCUGACAGAGUAAGAAUUGAACAGUACCCAGUGUCCAACAGGUCUUGAUUUGAAGAGAAGUAGGGAGGGAGAAGAGGUCUAAAGAGUCAAAGGGAAAUUAAAUGGCAGGGAUGGGAACAAGGUUUGGGAAGGCAGGAAAAUUUUGACACUGGUACAUAUCCUAUAUUCCUCCAAAAGGUUGUGGGGUGGGAGGGGGGUGGUGUGGGGGUUGUGUGUACCCUUGUAACCAUAAAACAUCUUUCACCAUGGGUGUUUCAGCUUCAACUGACCAAUCACAUAACAGUUAUAAGUCUGAGGGGGAAAAGAAAAGCUUAUAAAAAUGUAGCCCACUGCAUAUAUAGGUAUGAAAGCAGAAAAGUGGAGGAGGCAGGGAUAUCUCAUUGACAAACACCUUUGCCAGUUUCUUUGCAUUCGUGAUUUUUGUGCUAUUUAAUGCAGUAUUAACAAAAGAAAAGCCCACAUGGGCUGGUGAAAGGAGAAGGAAUAGAGCUCGUACAGGGGGAUCAGGGGCUCCCAAGUGGACAAGACAAGAAAUACUAUCUACACAGACAGGCUAAGAGUAUAGUAUGUGAGUGUUUAAAAAAAAUCUGUAUGAUAUACUUGAGAAAAAUCAAUGAACCUUUUUAUGAUUCUUUUUCCAUCUGUAAAAUGAUAAUUCUUAUCGUAAAGGGUUACUGUAAAGGUUGAACAAUAUGAAAUGUGUCAAAGUACAAAGUAAAAGCCUUGGAACUUUAUAAGGGCUCAGUAAACGUUUGUUGGAUCUGUA